AUGGCUGCCAUGCUGGAUUACCAGAUGCUGGUGGCCAAAUGCUGGUACUUUCUGUUCUCGGGGGCGCUGGUGUUCGUCACUCCUUACCUGUCGCUGUUCUUGAUGCGCGACCUGGGCUAUGCACCCUGGCUUGUCGGGCUCAUCCAAGGUCUGCGCCCCUGGGUCUCCGCCCCCUCCUCCUUCCUGCUGUGCGCCCUCGCCGACCGCCUCGCCGUCCACCGGGGCAUGCUGCUCGUCUGCUUCGCCUGCUCAACCGCGCUGCGUGGCUCGCUGGCGCUCGUGCCGCCAGGCAACUUUGCAGCGGUUGCGGCGGUCAUCCUUCUGGCAGAGGUUGUUGGUGCGCCGGUGGGCGUCAUCGCUGACGCCUCAGUGGUGGCCAAGUGCAAGCAGGAUGGAGAUUACGGCAAACAGCGGGUGUGGGCGUCCAUCGGCUGGGGUGGGCUCUCCACCGUGGCAGGGGCGCUCAUCAGCCACACGGGCGUGCGCUACGGCAUCCUUGUCUACGUGCUGCUGUCCGUCCCGAACCUGGUCAUGGCAUGGCUGCUCAACCCCGGCCCCAAAAAGCCGCAGCCCGCCGCCGACGCCAAGCAGUCAGGCGCUCCAGCCGGACAGAAUGAGGCCGCUGCUGGGAAGCAGUCGCCCAGCUCGCCGCUGGCGGCCGGCCGCCGCCUCGCGCUGCCGCUUUCGCACAGCGCACGCCACGGCCACGAUCAUGACGGUGACCUGCGGACGCGCCUGCUGGCCGCGUCGGUGCGCACGCCCUCGCCCUGCCUCCUGUCGCCGUCGGGCAGCCCGGCACGCGGACCCAGCACCCUGGGGCGCGCGGGGGCGCCUGAGGGGGCGGUCGCGGCGGCAGCGGCGGCGGCUCCACUCGCGCCGCUUCUUGUGGGCGGCACUGACAGCGACGCGGACAGCUGCUGCAGCACUCCGCGCUCGACGGCCGCGUUGCUGGGCGACCAUGAUCGCAGCGCACCCGCAACGCCGUCACCGCACGGCGGGCCGCAGUCAGCAGCAGCUAAUGCUGAUGGCGGCGCUGCGCUCUGCCCGGCCCCAGAGGCGGCCGCAGCGGCGGCUGCCUUGCCUGGGAGCCAUCCGGCCGAGGCGCAGCCUGUGACCUCGGUGGCGCGCCCCGCCGACGCAGCAGAGGCGGCUGCUUUCGCCGCCGCAAGCGAGGCGCUGCGCACCGGAACCCUAGCGCUCUCAAGCAUGGACGUUGACCAACACACAGACGACGAGGAGGAUGCGGUGGCAGUGCUCACCAUCCGCCGCGGCGACUCCCGCCGUGCGCUGCUCAGCGGCAAGCAGGACAGCGCCGCGCCCCCGCUCAAGGCCGCAGUCGCCAGCCCUACGGACAAUAGCGCGACCCUCGGCGCCGCGCCGGCAGCCGGCGGCGGCGAUGAGGCGUGCAGUAUCGGCGAGCUGCUGCUGCGGCCCACAGUCAUGGUGUUCAUGCUGCGCGCGCUGGUCAUUGGAUUUGGCCUGGGCACUCAGGGCGCGUUUGCGUUCCUGCUGGUGCAGCAGCUGGGCGGCAAUGAGCUGCUGAUGGGCCUCAUGCUCGUGUUUUCCAUCUUGACAGAGGCGCCCGCGUUCCAGUUCCAGUCCGUGCUGCUGGCGCGCGUGCCCGUGGCUGUCGUGAUGCACGUGUCCAUGGUGCUGCUGGCGGUGCGGCUGGCUGCCUACGCGCUGCUGCCCUACGCGCCCACUGCAUGGGCGGUGCUGCCGAUUGAGCUUCUGCACGGCGUUACGUUUGCAACAUCCUGGGGCGCUGGCAUCGUCAGCUGCAAGCGCAUGGCGCCCGCCCACCUGAACACAACGGUCCAGAGCAUCUUCGCGGCGCUCUAUGGCGGCGUCGGCUCUGGCCUUGGCGCCAUCCUGGGCGGCGUCGCCAUGCAGCACGGCGGCAUCCAGUCCAUGUUUGCCAUGAGCUCCGCCGCCCUGCUCGGCGGCUGGCUGCUGGCGUGGCUGCUCGACGGCGCCACAGCGCUGGCCCAGCGACGCCGCGCGGCAAUCGGCGUCGCGGCGGGCCGCAUACUGUCAGACGGCCCAAUUGACAGGGCCGAGUAUGCUGGCGCGGAGCCCGCUUCGGAAGAGUCCGCGUCGUCCGCAGCGCCAAUGCUCUCAGGCAACAGCGCGCGCAGGAGUGAUGCGUGA